UUGUGCGUGUAUUAUAUACAUAUACAUGUGUGUUUGUGACUCGACAACCCCUGUCCCUGUUGUAGCUGGUUUUACCCAGGAAGAGUGUCAGUUGGCCAGACAAUAACAGGCCAACAGCGUGGCCAACUCUCAUCCAACUGAGAGAUAAAAAUAAACUAUAAAACUUGGGGUCAAAGAUCGACAAGUUUUAUACCCUAAUCCUAUGUGGUCAUUUAAACAUCCUGGACACAUUUACGACAGGAACUUGAACAAUUAGCUUGAUAUUUCACAUGAUCACACAUCGUACUUCGUUGUUCUGUGAUUAUAACGAAAGUUAUGGUAGUCUUAUUAAAACAAGGGAUCUAUAAUGUUAAAAAAGGUACACACGAAAAAAAGGAUUAAUUAAUAAUCAUUUAAAAACAAUAAUUGUUGUAAUUUAUGAAUUAACAAACCUAAAGAGACGAAUUUUACUGAAGAAACAGCAAUAUUUAAGUGGAGGUAUAAAGAGCUAAUUAACCAAAACAGUUAAUAAAUUCCUCAACCAUGGAGGGUCAGGGAAAUGUCACUGUUUCUGCUCUGAAAGCCCGAUUUGAUGCACCAUUGUCCAAUAAAACUGAAAUCAACACAACACGGAAAGUCGCUGAUAGAAAUUCUAAGUUCAAACCCCACACUACCACAGAUAAAAUAACAAACACAACAUCAACAACAAAACCUUCUCUCAAAACCUUGGAAUCUAAGAAUGUUUCUACUAUAGACCGGAAGAAUGUUUCGACACUUGAUCGGAAAUCCAUUUCAAGUUUAGAGCAGAAAUCAUUAUUGAAACAAGAAGAAUCGGGAAAAAAGUUGUUGAAUAAUAAAGUUGAGUCGUCCUGUGAUACACCUAACAGUAACUCAGUGAUAAACGGUGGAUCAUCUUCGGAGUCAGGAUCACGAUUAAGUAUCACAACAAAUAAGAUAAACAUUCCAGCUGCUUUUGCCUGUGAAACUACAAACACAACUUCAUCAAAACAACUUCAUGCGCGGAAGUCUCCUUACCAAACCAGUCGGCAGAACAGCCAGCAGAGCAAUCAUGAAAAUUCCACAGAAAGUCCCCAAACAAAGGUAAAUGCUUCCCCUAAACACGUAGUUCUUGACAAAGGAACCGCAAUGCGUGAUCCUGAAGAAAUAAAGUCCCUUGGAGGUAGUUUAAUUAAGAAGCGUACUGAACUUUUGACACAAGCAAUUCAUGGAAACACAGGAACUAAAAGUAAAGUGUCAGCGCCGCCAACUCCUGAACGAAGUGAUUCCCUCCCAAAAGGCUUUGAAUUAAAUAACAAAGAUGUGAUCAUAAGAAAGAGAGACAACAAAAAGUUUCAAUUAAUCAAUAAAUCAAAAUUACAAACUGUACAAAAAUGUCCUUCCAAACCCAGAAAACUGGAAUCCAAUGAAAUAAUAUUUCUGUUGAGACAAUAUGAGAAAGCAGUUGAAGAAUUAACAAAAUCUAAUGAUACAUCACAGGGGCAAGAGCGUUGUUCUCUAAUUCCUGACAUGACAGAAGAAGAAGAAGAAAUAGAAGACUCUACUUCAUCACAAAGCAGUAGCACUACCGGUUACCGACCAAUACCCCCUCCUCCUCGAAAACCCGUUGCUAGUUCUACCAGUUCUGACCAGACAUAUGAUGAUAUUGGGAAUACGCCAAGAGUUGAUGAAAGUGACGAUGCAUAUGAUGACUUAACUGACUUCCAGGAAAAUGAAAAGAAACGAGAGAAGGAACAGAAGGAACGGCGAGAUAAAGAAGAGAAGAAAAGGAAAGAAAAAGAAGAGAAGGAGAGGAGAAAGCAAGAGAAAGAAGAAAAGAAAAUGCGGGCCAAACUUAAAAUGGAUGGUACUGAACAGGUACUCAGCGAAGGAACUUACACAGGUGAAGUUUUUAAACCGGGCAAGCUGGAUCUCGCCAUUAAGAAAGGAGACAGAAUAAAUAUCCUUCGAAUGCAUAACAAUCCUGCAGGGAAGUGGCUGGCCAAAUCUGAGGAUGGUCGACUUGGAUACGUUGACUCACAGUUUGUCGAAAUUUGUGCAUCCAAUAUCAAAAAUGUCAUGGGAAUUGGUCACUCACAGACGCAGUCUUCAGAGUGUCCUGCAAGAUAUGGCUGGUAUUCUCUUUGUUAUGGAUUUUGUUACACUCCAGGAGAUGAAGAUGUUUCAGCUGAUGAUAUUUACGAAGAAAUUCCUAAAGUGUGAAAAACAUCUCAUUUAUUUUUCGUUGUCAAGAAGGAAAAAAGCAACAUUUCAGAGGAAACAAGAAUGUUGAAAACAACAGGCAAACAUUUUCAAAAAAAAAGAAAAGAAAAAAAACUAAGAUGUUAAAAACAAUACAUUUUCCAUCUGAGAAGGAGGAGAAGAACAAAAAGGAGAAAGAGAAGAAAAGAAAAACAAGAGGUGGGGGAGGAGAAAGAUGAAGAAAUGGGUUGGGAGGAGGAGAAAAACAAACAAAAAAAGAUUAAAAACAAUGGAAAAAAAACUAUUGACUGUAACAUUUAACAAGGUGAAGAAUCUAUCAUUUGUUAAAUGAGAUUAAAAUUCUACAAAAAUGGAUUACUGAACAAAUUUGGAUUAUGUACACAGCAAAUAUUAUUUCAUCUUUUUCUUAUUGGUGCUUUCAAUGUAAAAAAACAAUCACUUCUUGCCCCCAGUUUUUUUAACAUUUCAUUUAUAUAUGUAUAUGUUUAUAUAUGUAUAUAUGUGCAUAUAUAUACUUCUACAUCUUUGCAAAAAAAAUGUAUGUAUGUAUGUAUCUAUAUAUAUAUAUACACACAUAGACAUGUUUACACACACAUGCACACACACAUACACACAUAUAUAUAUAUAUAUAUGUCUGGCAUUAGCUUUUAUCAUCUUUAAGUCAUUCCUACUGAACUAAAAAAUUACAAUGACAGAAUAUAAAAUAUGAAAUAUAUUUGUCAAAAUUGUCAUUUUCAUUUCAUGUUGCUGCUAUUUGUACUUGUUAGGUGAAUACAGUUAAGGCUUUUAAUGUUAUUACUUGCUUGAAAGAGAAAAAGAGUGUGUCUGUGUGUGCAUGUCUGUAUAAAAUAUAUACAUAUAUAAGUCAUGUAUAUAUAUAGUAAUGCUUAUAAACAUAUAUGUAUGUAUGUAAUAUGUAUAUUCUAUGCAAAUAAGUAUUGUCUAUCUGCAUAUAUAUAUUUGUGCAUGUGUGUAUAUACAUAUAAUUUAUAUACAACAUGUCAUUUGGGACAAACUAUCUAAGUUUCUUGUCGAGAGAAAGGUACCUAGUUUGGCUUAGAUUAAGUUGUCACUCUCUUAUUGUAGCAAACACCAGGUUUUAUCAUCAAAACAGCUACUGGUAGGCUUUGGGGACUAACUCAAAGAUUGCCAGAAAAUGAUGGUUUCAGAUUGAUCUAAGCUAUGCCAGAUAUCAUUCUCUUGACAUGGAACUUACAUUGUUUGUUGUAAAUAAUAUGAUGUAUAUAGACUAUUAAUUGCUAAAUGUAUAAAUGUAUUGAGUGCUUUGUUUUUUUUAGUCUGUGAACAGAUGAAUAGUACGCUGUGUGUGUGUGUGUGUGUAAAGCACAACACAAGGAAAUAAUCUAAACAAAGUAAUAUUAGCUUUAUGCUGAAAUGAAGGAAAGCUCUUACACAUUCAUUUGUUUUUUCUUUCAUUAACAAAGGAUAAAGGAACGAAUUUAGAGGGAAGAAAAAGAAAAAAGUUCCUUGGAACAAGAUUUGUGUGUUGUUCAUCUGUUGACUAAAUGCAGUGCAGCAUGUCACAUCGUUUUUUUUUUUUUUGCGUUCUUUCUUUUUCCUUUGUUUUUCUUUCACGAAGAACAGACAGUCAAAAGGAGCAUUCUUCUUUUUAUUCAUUCCAACAUUAAACAAAUAUAAUAACUUUGUAUUUCCAUUGUUUGUUUGCUUGCAUUAUUCCCAAGAUAAUUCCUUGGAUUUUGGGCUAUGUUCACACAAAAAUUAAACCCUGUUCUUCUCAAAUGACUCUGUUCACAUUGCAUUGAAUCUAUGAUUGCACACACACACACACAAAUAUUAUAUAUAUAUAAUGUACCUUUUGUAUAAAAGCAUAAAGGAGUGUUAAUACAUGCUUCUGGUAGGUAUGUAACCACUCUAUCAUAGUAUGAGGAGUUUUAUGAAAUCGCUGCAUCUGCAUACAUCAACAUACACAUACACACUUAUGUAUGUCCAAUAAGUCCAGUCUUUUAAUUCAAAUAAAUCCAGGUAUUCAUCUUAGAAGAAAAUAAAAAAGCCCACCCAUUUUUCUU